AUGACCACCCUCUUCACGAUCCCCAUCCCCCCUCUCGACUCCAACCCAGGCGGCAAAAUCGUCGCCACGGAACCCACACCAGCAGUCUACCUCCUCACCAUCACCUCGCCCCCGGACAACCGACUCACAACGGCGUCAUGCACCGCGCUGCUGGACGCGCUCGACCUGCUUGAGUUUGGCGGGUACAAGCCCGGCGUGGUGGUCACGACGAGCGGGAUUGCCAAGUUUUACUCGAAUGGCUUGGAUCUGGAACAUGCGUUGAGCACGGAGGGGUUUAUCCCGGGGGUGCUGUAUCGGUUGUUUAAUCGGUUUUUGACCUACCCCAUGCCAACAAUAGCCCUCCUCCCCGGCCACGCCUUCGCCGGCGGCCUCAUGCUCGCCAUGCACCACGACUACCGCGUAGCCAACCCCUCGCGCGGGUUCACCUGCAUCAACGAACUCGAAUUCGGCGUGCCCCUCAAACCCGCCAUGUCCAGCAUCUUCCGGCUCAAACUCCCCGCAGCAACCUACCGCAACCUCGUCCUUGAAGCACACCGGUUCGGCGGGCCUGCGGCAUUGGAGGGGGGCAUUGUGGAUGCGUUGGGCGGGUUGGAGGAGGUGUUGAAGUUGGUGGGGGAGAGGAAGUUGACGGGGAAGGCGAAGACGGGGAUUUAUGGGUUGUUGAAGGCGGAGAUGUAUCGGGAGAGUGUGGCGUUGCUGAGUGCGGAGGGGUGGGCCAAGGGGGAGGAGGAUGAUCGGAAGAUGGCGGAGGGGGAGGAUAAGAGACGGGAGGUGGGGGAGAAGAGGGUGGAGGAGUUGAAGGCGAAGUUGUAG